GAGGUGCUAGUGCAAGCACCAGGCGUCUCUCUCGCUCAAAGAGCUCUCUUUGCUUCGCCAUCUCGUGGCCUGUCGCGAUCUGUUCGUCGAGCUUGAUCUGCCAUGGACGUAGCAGUCGAGAGGCCGCCGCUGGUGAAGGAGGAGAAGAAGCCGGAGACCAUGAUGGAGAUACGAACCACACCUCCAAUAGUCUUUGAAAGUUUUCCAUCCACGCAAAGAGUCGAUGCAACCACCAACAAGGAUGAGAAGCUGGAGGCGACCAAGGCGGAGAUGGGGGAGGUGAGGGAGGAGAACGAGCGCCUGAAGACGCUGCUCUCCCACAUCGUAAGGGACUACCAGUCGCUCCAGAUGCACUUCCAAGAAACCGUCAAGGUCAAACAGCAAGCAGCCGCGGCGGACAAGCUCCCUGCAGUCGCGCCGGUGGAGGCUGACGUGCCACCUCCCAUGGCCGCAGCCGCCGACGACCUCGUCUCCCUCAGCCUCGGCAGCGGCGGUUACGCCCGCUCGAAGGGCGCCGCCCACGAGAGGACCUCGUCGUCCUCGUCCGGCACCGAGACCGACCAAGACGAUCAGCUGUCGCUCGGGCUGAGCAGCCGUCGCUCCAACGAAGGCGACGACAAGCAGGCCAGCCGCCCGUCCGCGGCGGCGGCGCCCUUGCUAAACCUGAGCUCCGACAGCAGCGCUGACGACGCCGCCCCGGCACGCCACCCACUAUCCACUGCCGCAUGCCCGCCGACGUCCAAGGCGCGCAAAAGUCCCAGCGCCGGGGUCGACGGAGCGGACGAGGAGGUUCUCCAGCAGCAGGCCAAGAAGGCUAGGGUUUCCGUCCGCGUCAAAUGCGACACCCCCACGAUGAAUGAUGGGUGCCAAUGGAGGAAGUACGGGCAGAAGAUCUCCAAGGGCAACCCGUGCCCGCGCGCGUACUACCGGUGCACGGUGGCGCCAUCCUGCCCGGUGAGGAAGCAGGUGCAGCGGUGCGCCGACGACAUGUCGAUCCUGAUCACGACGUACGAGGGCACGCACAGCCACCCGCUGCCGCCUGCCGCGGCCGCUAUGGCGUCUACCACCUCGGCCGCGGCGUCCAUGCUUCUUGCCGGCUCUUCAUCCUCGUCCCAUGGCCACCACCUACCGUUCGCGUCCACCGGGCUUCUCGGCCCGACCACCAUCUCCACCAUCGCGUCCUGUCCCACCGUGACGCUCGACCUCACCGCCCCGCACUCGCUCAUGCAGCAACAGUACGCGUCUCCUUACGGCGCGGUGGCGGCGGGGUACGAGUCCAAGGCGCUGCCAGCGGCGUGGAGCAGCGGGUACUUGGCGCCCUAUGGCGGGGGACUGCCGUACUAUGGUAAGAGCUCCUUGCCGGCGAUGGGGCAACAUUUUGGCAUGGGAAUGGCGACGACGAGGCCGGAUCAGCUGUACGGCGCCGCCCAUUCGUCGUCGUACCUGCAGAGGUCGUCGAGCGUUGGCGUCCAUGGCCCGGCAGCACCAGCUCCGGCGGUGACGGACACGAUCGCGAAGGCGAUCACUUCGGACCCGAGCUUCCAGUCGGUGCUGGCGGCGGCGAUCACAUCGUACAUGGGGCGAGGCGCGGGUGCGGCGGCGCAGAAGUGAUCGAUGGGCCUUGACUGGUUGAUUUAGAUUGGGUUUAGGGCCGUGGACUAUUUUGUAAGCUGUUCAUUAAAUUAGUACUUCGUUUUGGUAUAAGAAUUGGCUUGGGAUCGAAAUGAUGAUCGAUCUAGGGAUUAGCUGAUGUACAAUUGAUUGCACAUAUAUGGCAUUUGGACGAGUCAACUGUAUGUACUUUGAGAAAAGAAGUUAUCAGAUCGUAUCGUUCCAGCUA